GCCGCCCGCGCGGGCCAUGUCGGAGCAGCGCGACAUGGACAGGACCAUCAAGGAAACCUCCAUUUUAGAGGAGUACAACAUUAACUGGACUCAGAAGCUGGGAGCUGGCAUCAGCGGUCCUGUUAGAGUCUGCGUGAAAAAAUCCUCUCAAGAACGCUUUGCACUGAAAAUACUUCUCGAUCGUCCAAAAGCUAGAAAUGAGGUACGUCUGCACAUGAUGUGUGCAACACAUCCAAAUAUUGUUCAAAUUGUUGAAGUUUAUGCUAACAGUGUGCAGUUCCCACAUGAAUCCAGCCCAAGGGCACGGCUUCUAAUUGUAAUGGAGAUGAUGGAAGGGGGAGAGCUAUUUCACAGAAUCAGCCAGCACCGGCACUUUACUGAGAAGCAAGCAAGCCAAGUAACAAAGCAGAUAGCUUUGGCUUUGCAGCAUUGCCACUCACUAAACAUUGCACAUAGAGACCUCAAGCCUGAGAACCUUCUCUUCAAGGAUAACUCUUUGGACGCACCUGUUAAAUUAUGUGACUUUGGAUUUGCCAAAAUAGACCAAGGUGACUUGAUGACACCACAGUUCACUCCGUAUUAUGUAGCACCUCAGGUAUUGGAGGCACAGAGACGGCAUCAGAAAGAAAAGUCUGGUAUUAUCCCCACCUCUCCAACUCCUUAUACUUAUAACAAGAGCUGUGACCUGUGGUCCCUGGGGGUCAUUAUCUACGUGAUGCUGUGCGGAUACCCGCCGUUCUACUCCAAGCACCACAGCCGGACGAUUCCAAAGGACAUGCGGAAGAAGAUCAUGACGGGAAGCUUUGAAUUUCCAGAGGAAGAGUGGAGCCAGAUCUCGGAAAUGGCGAAAGACAUUGUGCGAAAGCUGCUGAAGGUCAAACCUGAGGAACGUCUGACCAUUGAAGGUGUCCUGGACCAUCCCUGGCUCAACUCCACCGAGGCACUAGACAACAUCCUACCCUCYGCCCAGCUCAUGAUGGACAAGGCAAUGGUUGCAGGGAUACAACAGGCGCAUGCGGAACAGCUUGCGAACAUGAGAAUCCAAGACCUCAAAGUCAGCCUCAAGCCCCUUCACUCCGUCAACAACCCAAUCCUGCGCAAAAGGAAAUUACUGGGCACCAAGCCCAAGGACGGUGUUUAUAUCCACGACCCUGAGAAUGGAAGCAACGAUUCCAACGUGGCUCUGGAAAAGCUCCGGGAUGUGAUUGCGCAGUGCAUUCUACCACAGGCUGGUAAAGGAGAGAAUGAAGAUGAGAAGCUGAAUGAAGUCAUGCAGGAGGCCUGGAAGUAUAAUCGAGAGUGUAAGUUGCUGCGGGACACUCUGCAGAGCUUCAGCUGGAAUGGCAGAGGAUUCACAGAUAAAGUGGAUCGACUAAAACUGGCAGAAAUAGUAAAACAAGUUAUUGAAGAGCAGACAAACUCCCAUGACUCUCAAUAGCUGGAGCUUCUUAAUCUUAUUUUUUUUACCAUUUAAGAUUUAUUCUUUAACUGUAAAAAGUAUUUUUAUGUAAAUUAAUAAAUCAUAAUUAUUUCAUUAAAUUUCCAUACUGCUUGAAAAUGCUGUAUAGUUGUAGAUAAAAAAAAAAUCAUUGGUACUGUAAUAUUUUUUUAAAACUCAGUUCCUUGAGGUAUAUAUGAUCACUUAUGUACUGUUAAUCAUGAGUCCCCCAGCUGGGGCAAAUUAUAUUGUUAAAGACCAUUUCUUUUCUUAAUAACCAGUUGCAGAAGCUGCCUUCCAUCUGCUAUACAUACAGCCAGCUGCAAUGACUAUGUAUGGGAAUGAGACAGCCACAGUUUCUCAACACCCUGCUCAGUAAGUACUUGAAGCAAGUGCUGUGAAACACAAACUUCAUAGCUACCCUUCGUACCUAAAUUCUGAGCCUUUGUAGAGGCAACAAAAUACUCUUCUGUCUUGCUAGAUGACCCCAGAGCUGCAUUGCCCUUGCAGGGGGCACCCAAGUCCACGUGGUUGCUGUAUUUUCAGUUCUGACCAGUAGCCCACUUUCUUCUGUAACUCAUCAUCCUCUGACCUUCUUCAAGGCUGAAUGGCCAUUCAGCGUAGGACUCUUCUUAUCUUGUUCAAAAGUGGCAUAGAAGAAUGUUCUAGUUACUUCUACAAGUUAUCUUUAUUUUCACGGUGGGAUCUUCUGCAGACAACAGCACAUGGGGGCUUUUGUCCCCAGGUGAGAAGUUGUGUGUUUUCCACCCACGUGCUCUAUUCUUUCCUCUCUACAAGAUCCAAAACUUGGUUAAAACUUGACCUCUUGAAUUGAAGGAGGUCAUCCUGGCAAGGGUCAUCGUGCUGCUGUGCGAAUCCACCAGUGAUCCUUCUCUUGUGUCACUCUGGAAUCCAGGCUCCCCACGUCUUCGAUGCCUUUGAGCUCCCUUUGGAGCGAGCAAUGCAGGGGCUGCUCCUUGACACAUGUCCUCAGGGCCUGGACCUUGAGGCCGCCCAGGGCAGAUUCUUACACUAGUCUGAAACAUUGGCUCCAGAAGCUGCUUUUUAAUUAAACAAAUGAAAAGAAUCUGUACAUAUUUCUAGUUUUCUACCUUCUGACACUUUUCUUUCUUUUAAGACUGGUCGAAGGCUUUUUAUAGAGAUAUUUUGGUACUAAACCUGUGCAGACGUUGAAUGAGUCUGGUCUGCAGACUGAAGUGCCAAUUCAGGGCUAUUAGUAAUGACUCUUGAACAUUAUUGUUAUAUUUCAUAGCUCGUUAAAUUUUGGGUUUACAUUUACAAGCCUGAGCCAUGAACCUCCCAGUUUACUCAUCUGACAGUCCAGCCUUGUUCUUUUUUUGUCUUUUUUUUCUUGUAAUCUUUAGCUUGGAUGGCAAACCAGUGUCUGACUCUUUCUAUAAAAUUUUGUAAGCAGUAACUUAGUUUUUCUACACGAAGGAGAUGCUUCUUUUCCCAUUCUUUGUCAGCACCUUGUGAGUUUUCAUUUUAAUCCUGUUUUCCAAUGGUUGAUUAUGAUGUGGCAAGAACCACAGUCCCUCUUUAACCAUCAUUUUCUCUGAUGGAAACAGGGAGUUUUUGCAAAAGCCAGAGUUGUACCUCUAACACUACAUGGAGUGUUUGUGCACUGACUUGUAUCAAUGACAGCAGUAAUGAGCUAUCAAGAACUAGAACUUUGUACCAGAAACAUUAUUCUGGGGGGAAAAGYGAACUUUUGGCUCCCAGCUCUCCUACCCUACUAGACAGUACAGCUUGAAAAGAACUUCCAAGUCCUUGGUCUGCAGGACAGAAUUAACCUGGGAAAUAACUGCCCUCUUCCUCAGAAGAGGUGACUUCAAAUUAGGGCAUCUCUGCAGGACUGAGGAAUCACGAGCAGUUGUUGAUUCUUGGUAGUAUUGACAGGUUUGCAGGCCUUAUUCUUUUCCAUCCUUGCCCUCAAUUCUACAUCAUCUAGAAUGUUCACACCAUCUUUACACGUUUAUAAUUUUCUUUGAAAUCAGCAUUUUUCUGUGGGACAUCUCAUUGCAUUGGAACUUUCAAGAACGGCAAGAAGAGGGAUAAAUGAAAAAAUCACCUUUCUUUGAGCAGAAAGUUUCCCA